AUGGCCGAUACUGGGAACGGCCCGAAGCCUAGCAGCAGCGUCAAGCUGGUGCUUCUCGGCGAGGCGGCUGUUGGAAAGUCGUCUUUGGUCCUACGAUUCGUCAACAACGAUUUCCAGGAAAAUAAAGAGCCCACUAUCGGUGCGGCAUUCCUGACCCAGAAAUGCAACCUUCCCACGCGGACGAUCAAGUUUGAGAUUUGGGACACGGCCGGUCAGGAGCGCUUCGCUUCUCUCGCCCCCAUGUAUUACCGAAAUGCCCAGGCUGCUUUGGUCGUCUACGACAUCACGAAACCCACAUCUCUUAUCAAGGCCAAGCACUGGGUCGCUGAGCUGCAACGACAGGCCUCCCCCGGCAUCGUUAUUGCGCUCGUCGGCAACAAGCUCGAUCUGGCCAGCGAAUCUGCCAGCGGCGAUAAUGGCGACGACGGCGACGACUCGGGUGACGCACGCAAGGUGUCCACGGAAGAGGCCAAGUCCUAUGCCGAAGAGGAGAGUCUGCUGUUUUUCGAGACUAGUGCCAAGACUGGCGUGAACGUGUCGGAGGUCUUCACAGCCAUUGCCAACGCAAUCCCGGAGACGUCUCUCAAGAGCGCCCGUGGCGCCGGUACCACCAACACGACCAGUCGUGCCGGAGAGGAACAGAGAGUCAACUUGGGAAACCCGCAGGAGGCCGGAUCGAAAGAUGGGUGUGCUUGUUAA